AUGGUCGGUUCAGAUCUUGAUCUUAAUGGAACUGCACUGAAAACAACUACAUCAGUACAAAGAGAAGAAAGCAAAGAUGUGACAUCUCCAAGGCAACUGGAACCCUUAAAAAAAUACUCAACUGGCUCUCAAAAAGCCAUUCCCUACCCUCGGCCAUCUUUAUCAUCACCACGGCAACCACCAUCAUGUCUCUCAUCUCCUAGACCACUCUCAUCCAGUUAUCCAAGUACUGGCCAACCCUCAUCUUUCCGAUCACCAAGGCAAUCUCUGUCAUCAUCCUCAUCCUCAUCAUCAGGCUCCUCAUCCAACAGCAAAAAAUUUACAUUACCAUCAAGCACUAAAUUCAAAGCAGCGAUACCGUGCUUGACUGGUGCGGUGUCACCUCCUACAAUCAUGAAUCCUGGAGAAGACAGUCCAACGCCAACAGCCAAUGGUGACAAUCUCUCUUUGUCAGAUAGUUUCAGAUCAUCUUCACCUUCAUCACAGAGGCUCCUGUCACAUUUCCAGAGUACUUCUUCAACUUUCAGCAACAAAACCAAGUCUUCCACGUUCCUAGCCGACCAAACACCCCACCGCAAUCACCACCUAUCACCACAGCAACAGAAACAGGAAUACAACAACAAUACAACAGGCAAAGCACGCCCCAAAUCAGCUAAGAGUAGUACACCCACAUUUAUGGAGAAGCAAGGAUGGAAAUACUAG